AUGCUACUCGAAGUGAUCCAUGAGCCGUACCGCCAAGUUGGAACGAGUCUACUCGUGGAAGACUCGCGUGGAGGUGUCAUUAUGCUCUCUCUGUACAACUACGUUGGUCCAGAUGAAGAUCCCAACGAGCUGUUUCAAGUAGGGACGGAAUUUGCCUUAGUGGCUCCCUACUUGAAGAAUGCCCAAGAUGACAGGUCCAAUUCUCUUAUGCUACGCUGUGAUAAUCCACAAUGCGUUGUUAUGUACGAUGAUGAUAGGUUCAUCUGGAGGGGUUCGUCAAUCCGACUGCAGAAGAGCAAUCCGUGGGAAAUCCGACAAAAGGGAAAUGAAGCAUUCAAGAUCGGCAAUCUCGAACUUGCUAGCAAAUGCUACUCCUUGGGAUUGAAACAUCCCGAUAUCGAAGUGUUUGAGUCAGACAAGAUUGCCUGUUUCGGGAACUUGGCGGAAGUCAAUCUUCGCUUGGGGCGCUGGCAAGAGGCGAUGGAAGAUGCCAACAAAGUACUGGCACUUGAAGCCGAUCAUGCCAAAGCACGAUUUCGCUUAGCUAAGGCGAUGUCACGCCUAGGAGAAGCUUCGAAGGCACUUGCCAUAGCUCGAGAACUGCUGAAGGAAGGAUCUCAAGAUCGAUCUGGCAUUCAGAAAUUCAUUCACGAAUGCGAAAUUAUUGCCAAGGAAGAAGUCGGAGAGUACAACUACAACGCUCUGUUGAAGGAAGCCAGACUGAAACCGCCAAAUGGGAAACUUGGUUUCCAUGGAAGUUUUGUUUCCCCCAAGAUUGCAGUUGGAGUUUCGAUUCCGCUUGCCUCGGGUGCUUCUUACCGAGGCUGCAAGGCAAUAAUGGAUCUGAAGGAGGGCGAGCUCAUCAUGUCGUCAAAAGCGUUUGCCUUCAGCCCCAAGGUUGAAUGUUUGUCGUUCGAAGCCAAUGUCUAUGAAAAAUCUUUGGAGGACGAACGUGGGAUGCAGCUGUUUUCAGAAAUUGUUCGGAAACUAUGGAAAUCGCCAUCGUUGGGCACGCAGUUCUACUUACUAAGCAGUGGCGUUGCGUCCAACAAUCAAGGAGUGGAAGACAUUACCAAGAUCGACCUUCCCAAGAUCCGAAACAUUAUCCGUAGCAAUGCCUUUUCGGAACACCCGCUGGAUGAGCAGAUCAGAGCCUCGUGGAAAAAGACUUUUGGGGGACACGCGACUACAUUGGACCAUUCGUUCCAGAACGAAACUCCAGCAUCUGGCUUGUGGACCAAGGAAUCAAUGCUGAACCAUUCUUGCAUACCAAAUUGUUCAUGGUCCCACACAUGUGAUCAGAUCUUCAUCCGCACGACGAAACCAAUUCAGAUGGGCGACGAACUGUGCAUUGCAUAUUCUUCCUGUCACAAUUCACAUGAAGAGCGAAUGGAAACAUUUCGAAACUGGACAAAGCAAGGUGUGGGUUUCGCAUGCCUCUGUGACUACUGUAACUUUCUUCAAAAGCGCGAUGACUUGAGGAAGCUUGCCCAUGAAGUAGACAACGCAUACGAAGAAGCCGCCAGAGCUGUGUCAAUGCAGGGUGUAAAAAUGGGAACUGCAGCUGAUUUGGCCAUGUCGCCUGCACAUAGGAAGGUCAUCUUUGAUGUUUUCGCCGAUCUUCCAUUGCGACUACAACACACUCCUCUAGCACGUUUGCAUGUCUUGGAAGGAUCUUCGUUGUCCAUGAGCGAUGAUUCGGCUGGAGCGCUGAAGUCAUAUCAACAAGCUGCCAAGAUUGGGUACGCAGUGAGAGGAAGCGGAAUUUGGGAGUACUUUCUUGAUAUGUGGCGUAUCGUUGGCAGUGCAAUGGCAUGCAAUCAUCGGAAGCUGGCACUGGAGUCUCUUGUCGUGAUUUGGAACAGUGAUCAUUUUCAAAGCAUCCAAAAGGACGAGGCAAAGCGAUUCUUCAAGGACCUGACGCGCAAGUACUCCUUGCCGUGGUGGAAUGAUGAGUAUAAUAGCCGUCGCGAAAUGCAGCUUGAUCGUUUGGUCCGCGAGGUUUGGAGUUUGGAUAGCAAGAAGAGCCACAACAAAAAGAGUUCAAAAAAGCCAUGA